AUGGCCGGCCGCUCAAACCAAACCGUCGACGCUACCAACCAGCAAUUCUUCCACCCCGACCCUCCUCGUCAAGUUCCCCAGGCCGCAAAAUGGCACCAGCCAGGCGUACCAGCCAGCGCAGCUGAUCGUGCCCCCGAGUUCCGCGCACAAACCCUGCCUGCUGGCUCAGCUCCAGCCAGCAACUCCUACCAACCAAACCCCAUCAGCGAAGUACCGGGACAAGCCAACAAUGAGGACACUCUGCGUGCCCACGGCAAGGAGAGCGUAUUCACCAAGCCCCUCGAUACCUUUCCCGGCGCCACCUCAGCGGACGUGAACAAGGGCCUCGGAAAGCCCAUGCAGGGACAGACCAGUAACGAAUUACGACAUGAUGGGAACCACCAACGUAAACAUCAUGGUUCCGGAUAUGAGGCCCACGGUGCCACUGGCCAUCCCAAGCAUACCGAGCACUCCAUCGGUGAUUCGCAAAAGGUUGAUCCUCGUUAUACUGCUGGUCAGCGUGGUCUGGAUCGUGAAGAGGCCCAGUCGGGUCGCCAUGGUGAUAAAGGCGCUCUUGGUGCAGAAGAUAUUCCUCCUCAACCUGCUGAAACAGUAGCCCGUGAGCGUGAUUAG